UAAAUUGCGACGAAUACGAAUACGAUAGGGGAAAAUGUUUUCUCUCUUCUCUUGUUGAAAUCAGGAGAGGACUGGGACUGCCGGACACUUCUAUUUUCUCUCUCCUCAAGGCUCAAGGCUCAAGGCUCAAGGCUCAAGGCUGAAGGCUGAAGCUGAGGGGGUUGAAGGGAAGUGAGUCUAAAAAUGUUGAAUGAAAAGGAUAAGCAGAAGAAGAAAGUUCCAGAAUGGUUAAAUUCAUCACUGUGGUCGACACCUGCACCUGUACCUCCCACCUCUGAACCUGAAGAUCUCUCUGUCUCCGACUCCAUCGUUCGUCCUCCGUCACCAGUUCUACCUCCACAACCACCGUCUCCUCCUCCUUCUGCUCCUCCUUCAGAUAAUGGAACUUCUACUUCCACUUCCUCUGCAUCUCCCGAACAGAUCGCUCGUCAAGCCCAGCUCUUUGUCGAGCUGUCGAAGAAGGUGAUCAACAUGCGGGAAGUGAGGAGGCUUGCAUCCUUCGGUCUUCCCGAUGCAGAGGCUCCUUCCAUCCGUUCUACAGUCUGGAAGCUUCUUUUGGCCUAUUUACCCAAUGAUCGGACUACCUGGCCUUCCGAAUUAGCAAAGAAGAGGUCUCAGUAUAAACAUUUCAAGGAUGACCUUUUGAUGUCUCCCUCUGAAAUUUCGUCUUCCUUUGCUGAUAAGGAUCAACUUAAAGGCGAAGGUCGUUGUGUACUCUCUAGAUCACAGGUUAUUCAUGAUGAACAUCCUCUUAGUCUUGGCAAAUCCAGUGCCUGGAAUCUCUUCUUUCAGGACACAGAAAUCAUCGAGCAGAUUGAUCGCGAUGUCAAAAGAACUCAUCCAGAUAUGCUCUUUUUCUCUGGGGACACUAUUUCUGCUAAACUCAAUCAGGAUGCGCUGAGGAACAUAUUGAUUGUCUUUGCCAAGCUAAACCCUGGCAUAAGAUAUGUGCAAGGAAUGAAUGAGAUUUUGGCACCUCUCUUCUACGUCUUUCGAAAUGAUCCAGAUGAGGAUAAUGCAGCUGCUGCUGAAGCAGAUACAUUUUUUUGUUUUGUUGAGUUGCUUAGUGGAUUCAGGGAUAAUUUCUGCCAGCAACUUGACAAUAGUGUUGUUGGAAUUCGUUCCACGAUCACAAAAUUGUCACUCUUUUUGAAGGAACAUGACGAAGAACUUUGGCGUCACUUGGAGAUCACGUGUAAGGUUAAUCCCCAGUUCUAUGCAUUCAGAUGGAUAACUCUUCUCUUGACUCAAGAAUUUAACUUCACAGACAGCCUUCAUAUUUGGGACACUCUAUUAAGUGAUCCUGAGGGGCCACAGGAGACAUUGUUAAGGAUCUGUUGCGCGAUGCUUAUUCUUAUCCGGAGACGUUUGCUUGCUGGUGAUUUUACUUCCAAUCUCAAGCUUUUGCAGAAUUAUCCCUCAACAAAUAUUAGUCAUCUGCUAUAUGUUGCAAACAAGUUGAGGGCUCAUCCAACUAGCUAGGUUUCUCUGGGGAACACCUUCGUGAUAUUUUUCUUUGGUCUUCCAUACUAGUGCACAUUGUAGAGUACCUUUUUUUUUUUUUUUUUUCUUUUUUGUAUUUUUUCUUUGUAAAGGUCUGUUUUAAAAGGUUUGGCUGAGCAUGGUCAAAAAGCAUUGGAUGACACUUCGACCUUCUCUUUUGUGUGCCUGCACGUGCCCCGGGGGUGGGGGGUGAUGUCAAAUUUGAGGUUUGUCAUUCUGUUCCAUUAUUUCUACCUUUACCCUAGUAGUCUGUUAUCUGCUAAAAUGUUAAUAAUUCCCUUUUUAGUUGAAUUGAUGACAUAGAUUCCAAGUUUGGAGUGUCUUCCACUA